AUGGUGAAUGAGACACCAUCGAAAGUUACUAUCGAUCGCUCAGGAAAUGGAUCGAAGGAAGCGUCGAUCACGAGGCAGAAGAACAGUGAGAACGCAGAGAUUUUCAUCAGCCCGAGAUUCAAAUCGGCGGCGGCUAUGGCGGGUUGGGAUGAGGAGGAUCUGAUACUGGCUAGCUUCUUCGUAGAUGAUACACCUGAAAGAAUCUCUUCAAAGCGGAGACGACGUUCCAAUUUGUUGUUCAAAAUAACCCCAACUUCUUCUGGAUCAAGAAGGAAGCAGCGGAUCAAGCAGAGUGCUAUUCCAUUACCUGUUGUUGAUCUUGAAAAAGUAAUCAGACAAGAAGAAGAGAAAUCUGCAGAGAAGAAGAAAAAGAAGAAAGAGGUAAAAGGAGAAACACAAGAAGAGGAGAUGAGAAAAGGAAAGGAAGAGAAGAUAAUUUCAGAGCAGAAGAGCUCACCUCCUGUUGUCCUUCCCUGCAUAGACAAGCUUCGAGACGAACUAUCUUGCGCGAUUUGUCUUGAGAUUUGCUUUGAACCAAGCACUACUUCUUGUGGGCACAGCUUCUGCAAAAAGUGUUUGAGGUCUGCGGCGGAUAAGUGUGGAAGGAAAUGCCCUAAAUGCAGGCAGCUAAUAGGAAAUGGAAGAUAUUGUACGGUUAAUACGGUUCUUUGGAACACCAUCCAACUUUUGUUCCCUAAAGAAGUCGAAGCACAGAGAGCUGCAGCUUCUGCUAACUUGAAUGGCAAGGAAACGCCGAGUCCUAGAAACCCUAAUCAGAGGCUAAGAGGAAGAAACAGAGAAACGGCGGUUCAACAAGAGAGGUUGCAAAGAGAGGACCUUUCGAGAUUACUUGUGUCUGAAGAGAGAAGUGAGAGAAGGAAUAAUAGAGCCGCGGGUGUGAGGCUGGAUCAAGAUAGGGAUGCUGCAUUAGCGUUGCGGUUACAGCGGCAAGAAUUCGCGUCUGCGUUUGGCGUAACCACCACGGCGGCAAGAGCAAGUUCUUCUUCAUCGGCUUCUUCUAAUCUGUCGCUGGCAAGAGCUAACCUGAGAGCUAUGGCGUCAAGAGCUGUUCGACGACAAGGAUGA